AUGACGUAUACGAGUCCGGAUCAGUGGGCGUUGGCAUCACCGACCACAAGUAGUAGCAGUCGAAGUAGCCAACCACAAAUCCUGAGCGAAGACCAAAGCGAGGAAGCCAGCGAAGGUGAUGAACACGAAGGACUCGAGACCGAAACGGAGGCAAUACUCGAUCAUGUGCGUCAGCAGCUCACUGUUGACGUAUUCAUGGCUGAGGACAAUCAUUGCGGCACUAGCUUUCGUCUCAAUGACGAUGCUGUCGUCGAGCAGAUUGAAAGUUUACUCGGCACGAGAGAUGGCAAAGGCCGGAGCAAUAACUUUAAAGCUCAAGAAAAUGGAGACUUUGCAGCACGAGAAAGACUGCUGGAGACGACAUUGGUCCGGGUGCUGGUAAAACUUGCAGGCGAGCAGGAUAACCUUCACUUAGCUGCUACAGCAGGCAACGCAUUGCUGGAAGAACUCAGUGCUGCACGAAAAGAGCUUGAAGUUUUACACGACGAAUUGGAAGCUGCUCAACUUGAGUGGAAUCAGGCAGUACGAGAGACACAGCGAUUACGGGACGAGAAUGCAGCUUUGGAGACGGAAGUACAUCGCUGCAAUACGUCGUCGAUUUCUUGGGACUCGGAGACACAAGAGAAUACGCUUGGCCAUCUGCAACAACAGACACAGCAACAGGGGUCAGUGACGGUCGUUCCGUCACUGACCCCAUGUGAAAGCUUUAGUCGAACAGAUUCCUGUAAAUGGUGCGCGUCUCGAGAAGUCGAAACGACAGAACUUGAACAGUGCAUUGAUGAACUUAGGCGGCGAUGCUUGGAGCUAGAACUUGCUGCUGAACGCGAGCAGGAGCAACAGCGAGAGCUCAUGGAUGAGAUCACACAAUUGCGACAGCAAAGCAACGAACGUCGUCUUGAAACAGUGCGCGCACAAGAGGACCUCAAGUUCGUGACGUUGCAGCUGGAGCAAAAGCUACAGGAGGUGGAGAGUGUGGAAGCUGUACGAGACACAUUACACCGCAUCGCUCGGCGUCUAGAGGUCGAAAAAGAAGACCUACAAGCACGUUUAGCAGCUCGUGACGAGCUUGUCGAAGAGCUAGAAAUCAAUAAGGCAUCUGCAGUGACGCAGCUGCAGGCAUCGCAGAACCGCGCAAUGAAUGCAGAGGCUGCCACAGAACGUGCCAAGAAGACGGUAUGUCAGUUGCAGAAACAAUUGGAGGGUGCACGAGAUAGCAAGGAGGCCUAUGUGACGUCUUGCGAGAGCGAAGCUAGAGACAUGGAGCAGCUACUGCAGGACGCAACGCGCGAAAUUGCAGCUUUGCGUAUAGAAAACCGAGUUCUACGUCGUCAACGUUCGUCAGAGAGUAGAUCUGAAGGAAGCCGGAUACAAGGUGGAAGACGCAGAACCUUGGGUACGGGAGUUCCUGCGACGACUGCUGUCGAUGCAUUAGCACCUGCUAGUCGAGAGCUAAAGCAACACAAACGAGCUAGUUUUAGCAGCAAAAGCACAAGUGAUAUUGAGGCUACCAUCUCAUCAAACUUCCAGCAAAUACUACUAGAAAUUGAGGCCGUCGCAUCAAGUACAAAACCAACGGAAGUUUUGUCGAAAAGCGGGAAGGAACAACGAAAGAGGUCUUUGAGCUGGGUUGGUAAAACAGCCACGAUUGUCCAUGAUACUGCAGCGGUGCUCAAAGAGAAGCCUAGUAGCGCACCUGUUUUGUCGAAGGAAGAGCAUUGCACCAUGCAUGUCGACAAGAACCAUGGUGGCAGCGUACUACAAGUAGGAAUGGAGUCUUUCACCACGACGUCAUUGGUCGAUGAACACCACUCAGCACUACCUUGCCCGAGCCAUGUGAACAACCACUGCACUAAUUCCAAUGUGCGCGUGUCCAAAAGCGACAUGGAAAAAUCGACCGGGCUAUCGGCAAUUGGUGAUGGUGGAAAAUCACAAGUCCUUGAGUUGCCCAUUAAGGAUGUAGAGAGGAAAGCGGCCGAGUUUUUACCCAUGUCAUCCCUGCAUGUGGGUCUUUCUAUCAUCGCUUGCGCCACCGCAGCAACCGCGGUUGGUCUUCUAGUGCGGCGGUAUAAUCGAUAA